CGAAUACGCAGACGACAACUUGCAGCACACUUGUGGAUGGACGGUGGGAUUCCAAGAGGUCAAGUUACAGAUUGAUGGAAUAUUCAUCCAGAACAUGCACGGGUCGACAGAAUACUGAUGUAUUGUGAUGCUUUACCUUACUGACAAUAAUAUGGGGGAUAUCUCUGUGCUGGACAUAUAUCACUGAUUAUCAAGGACAUGUGGAGCAUCUGACAUGCGAUAGCAAGACCCUGAAUAAUCCAACAUGGCGGCCACUACCACCGAGGAUGCUGCUGACCCGGUUCUGACGUCACUGCGCAACAUUUUGCGCGGCUUGGAAGAUGAAGAGAGAGACUCGAGUUACAGACGGAAGCAGCUGAGACUUGUGGCUGUUGCACGCCGGGAUAGAAUGUACUCAGCACCGGAACUGAAUGACUCUGAUGAUGACGACGACGAUGAUGUAGAUGCCUAUUCUCCAUUGCCCACUCGAUCCUGGAGGCUGUGUAACACCACGCCCCCCUGUCCGUCACCCCCUCCUGGUCUCAGAAUGAACGGGCACCUGUGCCCUUCCCCUUCACAACAAGGUCCAACUCUCAGAUCCGGCAGCUCAUUGAAGAGGAACAGUAUGGUGCAUGAUAGACCAAGACGAAUCAAUGGCCUGUCAAUGUCCGCCGACAGAAUCACACUACGAGAAGAGCCAAGUAUGACCUCAGAAAAAUCCCCAAAGAUCAACGGCCAGAGUCGCUCUUGUGAUCAGUCACCUUCCCAUAAUAGCAACGUGCAGAAACCCAAAUCAGCUAGUCCCAAGACAAGACAGGCUCCUCCCCCUCCCCCACUCCCCAAAACCAGUCCCCCCUCCCCCAGGCAAGUGUCCUCGUGUGAGGUAACGAACCCUGACCGGUCAGGGUGGCUGUUGGAUCAGCUUAGAGGGGAGAAGGUUUGGUGUGUUGUAGCUGACAUGCUGUUUUGUGUGUUUCAAUCCGACACUGCUGAGACUUCCAAGGACGUGAUCUUCCUACCCGGCUGCCGGGUCAGGUCUCUCGUUUUUAACAGUGCUAAAAGAGACAGUGUAGGAAGCAAAGACUGUGACGAGAACACCAAGACAAUCACAGGUGUGGACAGGUAUCAGUUCUAUAUUGAAAACGUGAGCAUAAGGCGGAAGUACUUGUUCGGGGUGAAGUGUAAGACUAACCUGGACGAGUGGGUAGAUGUCCUGACCAGGGCGUGUGAUAUAGCUGUGUUUGACAACUGUGCUAACCAAAGUCGAGACUCUGAUGGUUGGGACAGUGCUGAUGACUCUGUGUUCCCGCCAGCUAACGGGAGCUACUACCCAUCCCCCACACGCUCAAGAAGGAUGAGCAUGAUUUCCAUGUCUCUGAGGGACAGUGAUCUGAGUGAUUCUGACUUUAGAAAACGUUUACGCAAAGAAACCGAUGAUCCAAAAGUCGCCCCAGUGAAAGGUCUUCACAUUAUGGAAGCUCAAAAGCAGCCUAAAAAGUCAAGGUCGUUUCUGAAACUGAAGUCCUUUGGGAGUUUGGACAGCCUUUUGAAAAGAAAAAGAUCCCGAAGUGCUGAGAGGGCAGCCACUGGUGAUAGUCGUUCUCUGGAUGAAACCAAAUCUCUGAAUAUCCCCGAUUCCCCCAACUCUGACGUACUGGAUACUUCUCUGUUAUCACGACCAGUCUCUUCUCAAUCAUUUUUAUCGAGGUCCUGGGAUUCAGGAAAAUCUUCCAAUGGUUUAGGAUCUAGCAUCAGACGAAGGGCCUCGGACCUGAAAGACAAGGUGUUUGGUGGGGAGAAGCCAACACACUCUUCAAGAACUCCUGGCCUGAGACUCAGGGACCUGAACGAUAUUAGGAUAAGUGGGCAUUUGCAAUACAAGUUUAUGAUGAGGUGGAUUAAAGUGUGGUGUGCCGUGAGCAGGGGAUGUUUCUAUGGGUUCAAGUCUCAGAAUGGUGGCGAGAGUCCCAUGAUAGCUGUCAUCUUGACUCAGAGCACCGUUUCCUACGUAACGGAGCCAGAAAAAGACAAAAAGUUGUAUGUGUUUAAACUCUCACAGAAUCAUUGUAAGAGCAUUUACCUUUGUGCACAGGAGGAGUCGGAUCUUUCACGGUGGUUACAGACACUUCAGAUGGAGGCGUGUAGAAUUCAGGCAGACGAUAAUCUGGCAUUAGAAAGUACGUCCGAUUGUAACUACAGCGUUGACAGCGCGCUCAGUGCUAUGUCAAUGGCUUCUAGUCAUACUGACAUUACUGACAAUUACCAUACAUUCAGCACUAACCUUGCUCUCAACUCAACGACACAUUCAACGGAUGCUCAGGACUAUAUUCCUGGGAUGUAUGACUUUGCCGGAAGUGACGUCACGGGUCGUCUGGACAGUACAGAAUCAGCAGACGACUGGGACAACUCAAGUCAAAGCUCUACCAAUGAAGCUCCCUAUAACCGUUAUAACGACGUCACACCCAAACAUGACCCCAGCGUCUCGUACCUGUGGGGCAAGGACAAGGGGUACCUGUUCCAGGUGAUACGAGCUAAGCUGCGGAAGGGGAGGAGGGGUAGGGGCGAGGGGGCGCUGUAUGACCGGGAAGUGUGCCGGGCGGAAGGAGAAGGGUCGCUGCUUGUCAUCCACGAUGAUGACAAUACAUUUUGCCGAAAACAGGGUCCAUUGGAAGUAAAGGCGGGACGCUCCAAGUCGAUUGGCGAUCCCCACACCCCCUGGAUAGAUAGCGUCACCCCCGAGGACAAAACCCGAGGGGGUAGAGCCAGACCCAGACCCCUCGCUGUAAGAAGACUUCCAGCCGAGGAACUAGAAUCUCCCUCCAUUGCAGGAUAUUUGGAGCGCAAAGGAUUUAAUGGCCAGUGGAUCAGGUACUGGUACAUUGUCAAAGGCGCUUACCUGUACUGCUAUCUAACCCCCGAGGACCAAGUAACGGUCGACAUCAGCUAUCUCCAUGGUUACCAAGUAACGUCACUCAUUGACCAGUUCCGAGGGAAGAGAUUCGUCAUUCAUUUAUCACACGAGAAUUACAUUCCUCUUUACCUGUCUUUUGACUCACGUGAAGAGAUGGAGGAAUGGUCCGAUGGGCUGCAGGAAGCUGCGCAACUUCCGGAAGAUGAAAGUAGCGAAGACAAUGAACAUGAAAACCAAGUGAGCCAGGAAGACACCAGUUGUACACGUAGCAGCGUCAAACAGAAGCUGCUGGCUGAAGUGCUGCGCCAGAAGGAAGAGCUGGAGAAGAAACAAGCGGCGAGACGCAUGGCCACCCAGAGCGACCACCCUUGUCGUCGGAGUGGUGUAUUCAACCAAACGUCGUCGCAGACGCCGGGGAAGUUAACAGGAGAGGAUCACAUCAGCACCGUCACCAGACUGAAACAACGCCGACUGUCCACACAGAUCAAGAUGGAGGCUAUUCAGAGGCAGCUUGGGGACGGAGGCAAAAAUGGGCAGAAGAAAUCAUUGUUUAAGAUUGGCAAGAAGAAAUCUCAGGACGACAAGAAUCCUCAGUUGGUUGAGCAGCUGAAGGAGCUGUCGACAACGUUGAAGGAGAUUGACAUCAACCUGAACCAAGAGGGCGUUCAUACCAACAAUAACGUCAAGUCGUCCAAACUCGGCUUCCACAAGGUCCCGACCGAGAGCGAUCUUCUGAAGAAGGGAGAUUCCUUUGAAUCCGACGACCAGGCCGUCCAAAGAAGCAACAGUCUUAAAGCCAGCGUACAGAGACUUGCACACAGGACCUUCGCUAAAGCCGGGUGGAAGAAGAACGCCCGUAAAAGCCAGAGUCUACAUAUUGACGACUACAAUCCAGAUGACCCGGAACUCAGUCCUGGGAACCAGAGCCAAGAAAUGAUAGACUUGACAACUCAUACAGCAGACAUUAUUUCGUCCAUUAGUUUUUCGUCUUCUGCUGAGUUGACUUCAAUGGCGUCAUCAAGCGACGUGUCACACCUCGGCUCCCAGGAUCCGGAGAGUCCGCUCUCCGGGCGCUCCACCCCCGCGUCCUCCUACUCGCCCCGCUCCCCCCGCUCUCCAUCCUCCCCGAGGGUGACAAGCUUCCCAGCUUCACCCCCUGUGGCCCGCCUCUCCCCUCGGGACAGAGGGUUGUCUGCUGCACGAGCUGAGAUGAUGACCCGGUCCUACAGUGCGGGGCCGACUUUGUCAUCAUCGUCGUUUGAGGGCGAACCCAGCUCCCCACGACGAGAGGUCAACCCUAGCAUCAUGGCGGAGAUUGAUGCAUUCGAAGAACUGACCAGACAAGUGUUGGGGCAAAAGUCAGCAUUGACGUCACACUGACGUACUUUUUGACGUCAUUGAAUUGUCAGUGUGCGGGCAGUGGGUAUAAUGUGCAACGUCAUGGCAGCUGCGUGGAACUGAAUUUGGAAUUGUGACGUCAUUGUGACGCAAGUGGAUUAUGACAUCAGAGAUACUCACGUUCCGAUUGGUCAAAGAAGAGAGACGGUCAAGGAACAGAGACGAGCAAAGACCCCUAAGUAGUAUGAGUGUAUUCAGAGAAUGACUGUAGGGUGAACGGAUCCAUGGGACAGGAAGUGACCCGCUAGUAAAUGGACUUUGUCACAGGCCAUGGCUGACUUGUGUGCGAGAAAUUAAAGUGUCAAAAAUGGAUGUGCACGAAGAAGCACUUUGCAUGGAUUGAGGGAGAAGUAUGGAUCUUGAUCACGUGACGUAUCGCGUGAUUGCAUUCGUCGGUGCAAUAAAUUAUGUUUAUUUUCGUA